AACUAAAAUUUCCCCUUAAUUUAUUAAAAAUAUAAUUCUAAAUAUUUAAACUAUCUUUCUUACGUUGUAUUCCGCCUAAAAAUGUUUUUGCUGUCAACUCUCUUAGCGAUUCCAGUGAUCACUUUCGGCAAUAUGGACCAUUUCAUUUGAUGAAAAAAAGAUAUGAAGAAGAAAAAAAAGGAAGAAGAUUGUUGAACCAAAAAAGUUGAAUCAAUGUGAUUCAAUGUCACUCAAUGUCAAAAACAAUAUCAGUUUAGAUAAAAUCAUAAGGUUUUCUCAGAUUUAAAACAUAGAAUGCAUAUAAAAAAAAGAAGAUAAAAAACGUAUAUGACGUUAGAGUAUAAAUUCUAAUGUGUUUAGAACGUAGCAUACAUGUAAGGAGUAGUUAUUUUAUCAACGAUAUAUGAUAGAGUAAGAGAUAGAACAUAAAUUAAUGUUAUCUAUAUUUUUCAACAAUGAAGUAAAAAGCGUACAAUAUAUGUUGUACUUUAUAAUAAUAAAUACGUUUGGUUAGAACUGAGGUACCCAUAUUCUAUAUUUAGAUAUACCAUAGAGAAUACUUUAAAAUAUGAAUAGUAACCUUUAUAAAAGGUUGAAGCAAUUAGAACAUUUAUUUAAUCCUUGUAAAUAGUUAUAAUAUGCAAUCUAGCAAAUCUAGAUCAACAUAUCCAAAUUCUUUUUGGAAAUAAAUUUUUGUAUUCCAAAACUUGUAAAAUAAUAUAAGGAUCAUAUUGAUUUUCCAUAAUUUUUUAUUUAUAUUUAGUUUUAAUAUUUUUUUGGUAUUAUUAGGAUAAUUAUUUUAAAACUACUAUUUAAUACAAAAUUAUAAAGAGACAAAAACAUUCUCAUUAUGGCUUAUUUUGUGGAUUUCUCUUUUAUAAAAAGGUUAAAAAGCAGACUAACAACUUGUUCUUCACUAAAAAAAAACUUAAAUUCUCAAUUCAGUGUUUCCUAAUUUGUGAAUAUAUAUUGCCUAAGUGAUUUAUUGACUAUAUUACUUCCAUUUACAAAAGCAAAACACAAAAACAUAUCCAAAGCUUCCUUUUACCAUGAAAUCAUCUAUAUAAACAUCAUUACUACUGAAGAAAUAAUUUAUCAUUCCAAGAAAAAUAUUAAAAAUGUCAGAGCCCAAAAAUAAGAAGAUCAAACACAUUGACGAGCUGCCUGAAGAUCUCACUGUAGAGCUGCCUGAACAUCUGGUGGAGUACAUCAUAUCAACAUAUUUGCCCAUCCAAUAUGUUCUACAAAACCAUGUUGUGUCCAAAACAUUCAGGGAAGCAGCAAUUCGAUCCCGAGACCUUGAUUUCGGCAGGAUAUACUCCAGGAGACGUAGUCAAUCAGAGGUUGUACAUAUAAUUGAAGAGAUUUUUAAUCAACACAAAGGAUCAGAAAUCAACCGAUUUGUUCUGAUUCUCAAUCAUAUUGGCGUAGAGGAUAAGGUACUCUCGUGGGUAAAAACAUGCCUAAGUAAAAACAUUCAAGAGCUGACGUUAAACUUCUCCAAAUCCAAGAAAGUCAUGGAUCUCUCUGUUGAUUUCUCGGCCAUCGAGACACUAACUGUCUUGAAUCUAAGGUGGUGUAAAUUCGAAAUACCGAAUAAUACCCCAAAGGGUUUAAGACUCUUGAGGACACUUGCGCUCAUGAAGUCCAACGUAACACCAGAGAUGAUAGAUGCAAUAUUCAGCAACUGCAUUCACCUCGAGACGCUUGAACUAACCAGAUGCAUAACGCAUGGGGUAUUGAGCAUCAAUGCUCACAAUCAUAAGAAGUUCAAGGAACUGGUCCUGUAUUGUAUGCCUAAUCGCUUGCAAAUCAUUUUAGAUGCACCUACUCUUGAAUGCUACAAGUAUGAAGGAUUUGUUAGGAUUCUUGACUUUUCAAAAGUGGACGCACUUAAGGAGGCGAAACUCCAUUAUAUCCAGAAUUACAAUUGGCGUUAUUACGAUUCGUCUAACAUGGUGCUUGCUAACAUGGUGGCCUAUACAGGAGUUCAUGUCCUCUCAACGACAAAUAUCUUUCUUGAGGCAUUCAAGGAAAGAUACAUAGAGGGAGAAAUGAGAAGCCCCAUUUUCAAAUUUUUGAACUUGAAAGAAUUCAGUAUUCUUUUUAAAGCUCCAAACUUGUGUACUCUUUAUCACAUUUCUGAAUUCCUCAAAAGAUCCCCUAAGGUCGAAAAGGUUUUGAUCGAUAUUAAGGAGUUCACAUUUGAACCUGGUAUGCUUUGGAUAAUUCAUCAAAUGUCAUAUAUGGAGAGCAGCAACUGCGAGUUUAACUCUAUCAAGGAAGUCACGAUUGAUGGCUACAAAAACCAUUGGCAUGAGCUUGAUAUAGUGGAGUUCUUUUGCAGGCACGCAAAAUCGCUAAAGAAGUUGAAGUUGAUCAUUCCAAAAAACGUUAAGAAAAGAGCUCGCGGACUCGAUUAUGCUAGGCUGGAUUACCUAAAAAGCAGAUUUACAGGUGUUAUAGUGGAAGUUUAAAUUCAGGAUAUGACCAAGCAUGGCAAACUAUAAUAGCUCUUCUGAUGUGUUUUUUCUAAAAAAAAAUUUAAUGUUAUUUUCUGAGAUUUGAACUCUUUUGUUUUUAGUUUUGGUAAUGUUUAAGCUAUAAACUAUGUCAUGAUCCGCGUAACCUCGCAGAUUUCUUUUCUAGCGAAUGGAAUAAAACAUAUAAAAAUAUAAAUAAUAUGAUGUGUGGUGUUAUAUAAUUUUGUUCUAUAAUAUUUAUUUAUCUAAAUUAAUUAACAUUAUUUUAAUUUAUACAAAACUAAUAGUGAAUCAGUUAUUUUAUAAAUCUGUCGAAAUAUUAGGAAAGUAAAACUAAUGAAUUUGUUAGUUUAUAAACAGACAAAAUGGAUAUAUUAAAUUGAAAAACAUACAAAACAAUAAUUAAGUUCAAAUGAAUGUUUAUGUUUAAAUAGUAUAAGAUUUAUUGGAAUCAUUGAUAUCAAAGUGGUUUUGGUCUAAUUUGCUCAUAAACUACUCAUACAAAAAAGUUUAGAGUCAUAUAAAAUUGGAAAAACAAUAAUAGAUGCUAAAUUUUAUUACAAUCAAUAAUUAUUUCUUAUUGUGAAAUUACUAUAAAUUACUGUUAGUAAUUUGUUUAGCAUCCAUUAAGUAAGAAAUCAACGUUGGUCAGUAUUACUUCAUUCAUGCUUCAGUUGGUAAAAAUUAGAAGAAGAACAAAUAAGAGGGAACACAAUGCUCCUUAAAAAUUUACACCAUUGGGAGAAAAAUAAUUUGAACAUCCAAACUUGUUUUUCUUCUUGUUCACGAGAAAAGCAGUGAUAUAAACAAUGAGAAAAAGUGAUGAAAUCAAAGAGAAUAGACUUGGAACUGCGAAGAUAACAACAUCCUUUUGACUUCGGAAAACCCAGAUAAAGAAGAAGCUUUCUGAUCAAGAGAGAACCUCUGAUUGCAUACUGACAUUUCUUCACGUCUCCGUUGAGCGACUCGUAGUCUACUAGUUUGAGAUACAUUUUCAGAAUUGACUUUUCACACAAAUAGCAAACACGCUUAGCUCGAUUAUGGAGUGAAGGCGGAGAUGAUUAAAGUGGUGACGAUGGCGAUGGUGAUGAGCGGCGCCAGAGAUGAUGACGAACGAGAUAAUCGCCGAGACGACGCCGGAGAUAAUGAUGACCGAGAUGAUCGACGCCGGGGAUGACGCAAUCUGUCAUCGUCGAUUUCGUGAUUUCAAUUUUAUUUCAAUUUUUAGAAAAAUGUAAGUAGAGAAAGAAAGGGAUAAAACGGUAAAUGCCAUAUUAAAUGAAACAUUUUUGUGAUUUUGAGCCUUCAUGUCUAGAAUGAGAAGAAAAAGUGGAUAUAAGGCUAUCUAAGGCCAUUUCUUGUUUUUUUUUAAUGUAAAUCUUAAUUAUAGAUAUAUUUGAAAAGUUGUUUGUUGUUUAAAAUUAUGCCAUUAUAUUACUUUUUACAAUACUUUUAGGUUGUAUAAUUUUGUGAAGUAGUUUUUUGAACUAUUUUAUUAACUAGUUUAACCAAUUAACGUUGAUAUUAACCUACCAACUAUGAUUUGAUGCCACAUUAAAUAUAAUUUUAUCUAAAGUGUUAAGAAGACUAAACGCCAUUAACAAAUAUUUUAAAAUAAGCUUCAGAUUUAAUGGCAAACUAGAGUUGGAACCGCGCGCCCGCGUGAAUGUUUAGUUUUACCAUUUACAAAUAGUCUUAGGCAUUCGCUUCUCGGUUCGGUUCAAGAUCGUUUCUUUUGUUUUUUUUGGCUUUAGAAAUUUAAGAUCCAUUAGGGUAUUUAAAAAGUUUGGUUUAGUUCCUGUUCAGUUUAACUUUCGGUUAAUUUGGGUUGAAAAAAAAAAUCAGCUUUUCGGAUUAAAUAUCAGAUUUUUGGGGUUUUCAGAUACUAAUUUGGAUAAUUCAAAUAAUUUUAAAUACUUUUGAUAAAUAAAUAUUAUAGUAAUUCGAUUUUUUGGGUAUUUUGACAAUCAAAUAAUCAUAAAACAAUAAUAUUUUAUAAACAUAUAAAUUAUAAUAUAGAAAUUUGGAUAUCCACUUGUUUCUCGGUUUGGUUUGGUUUUGAUCCAGUUCCUGUUUUUAGCUCUAGAGAUAUAGAAUCCAAAAAUAAUAAUUAACAGGAUUUAAAUCUGAACCAAACCUUUUUUUCGGUUUGGCUCGGUUCUGUUCUUCGAUUAUGGGUAAAAGUACCCAAGCCUAAUUACAAAGAUCAAUAGUUUAUAUACUAU